GCCCCAGUCAAAAAUCGCUGUCGGAUACCGCGAGGGAAGGAAAGCGACUCUCACCGUCCUUGUCGUGACAAAUCCGCUACAUUGAAUUACUGUGGCGCCGUAGAAGGAAGACACGAGGUCGUAGUGGUUGCUGGCUGGCUUUCAUGAGUUGUGAUUCAUCUUACGUUUUUUUAAUCUUACUGUUGAAAUCUUGAUGGUUUGAUUAGUGGUUCUGCAGACAAUUACAGCUUCUCGUGGAAACAGCGAAAGUCGGAGAGGUGAAAGUUUAUUAUUAGUUUUUUUUUCCACUAGUUAUAGAGGCGUUGUGGUUGUCGCCGCGAACUGAGACAUUAUACUUUGCGAUUGUGGAAUUCAUAAUCGUAAUUUGAAAGUGCUAAACGAACGACGUGAGAGAGACAGACAGACAGACAGACAGGCAGGCAGACACACACCUACACGCCGGUCACUUCUACUACUACUACGAUGGAGAUUAUGGGUAUGGAACGUUGGGACUCAUUUCUGGAGUUUCUGGACGAUAUCAAGGACGAAUAUUACUACAAGCAGAUUGACCGGGAUGGAAAUGGCUUCAUUGAUUUAUCUGAGCUCAAGAAGGCGCUGGACGUGGUUGGCUUUAAGCUGCCACAAUGGGAGGUGCGCAAGAUGAUCGAGGACUGGGACAGGGACACUAAGGGACCCGGCAAGGGCAAACUGAGCUUUGACGAGUUCCAGAAUAUGUGUGCAGGACUGAAGGCUCAAGAUGUUGCAAGCACCUUCAAGAAGAUGGUGAACAAGAGGGAGAACCUGGAGACACUUGGGGGCAUGUCCACAGCCUCAUCUGAGGGCACCACGCACUCUGUCAGGCUGGAGGAGCAGCUUGCUUUCUCUGACUGGAUCAACUCAAACCUUGGCCAUGACCCAGACCUCAAACACCUCCUCCCCAUUGAUGGAGAGGGACGCUACCUUUACGAAAGAGUCAAGGAUGGUAUUCUCCUCUGCAAAGUGAUCAACCACUCCUGUCCUGACACCAUUGAUGAGCGAGCCAUCAACAAGCGCAACCUGACAGUGUACACCAAGCAUGAGAACCUCACCCUGGCCCUCUCCUCAGCCCAGGCCAUCGGCUGCAAUGUCGUCAACAUUGAUGCUCAUGACCUGGCCAAGGGUAAGCCCCAUCUUGUUCUUGGGCUGCUGUGGCAGAUUAUCCGCAUUGGGCUCUUCAACCAGAUCACACUGGAGCAUUGCCCAGGCCUGGCCAACUUGCUGCUGGAUGGUGAGAAGAUUGAGGAGCUUAUGAAGUUGUCUCCUGAGGCAAUCUUGCUGCGAUGGGUCAAUCACCACCUGGAGCGUGCUGGCACCAACAGACGUUGCAACAACUUUAUGAAUGACAUCAAGGACUCUGAGAUCUACACUUACCUCCUCAAGCAAAUUGCUCCCAAUGAUGCUGGAGUCACCAUGGAGGCACUCUCAGAGCAUGACAUGAUCUCAAGGGCAGAGAUCAUGCUGCAGCAGGCAGAGAAGCUGGGCUGCCGCAGCUUCCUCACGCCCCAGGAUGUGGUGGAGGGCGUGUACAAGCUCAAUGUUGCAUUCGUGGCUAACUUGUUCAACAACCACCCUGGUCUUGACAAGCCUGACAACAUUGACUUUGAAGGCAUUGACCACAUUGAGGAGACCAGGGAAGAGAAAACUUAUCGCAACUGGAUGAACAGCAUGGGUGUCAGUCCUCAUGUCAACUGGCUGUACUCUGACCUGGCUGACGGCAUCAUCAUCUUCCAGCUGUAUGACAUCAUCCGGCCUGGUGUGGUGGACUGGAAGCGAGUCCACAGUAAGUUCUCAAAGUUGAAAAAGUUCAUGGAGAAGCUAGAGAACUGUAACUAUGCUGUAGAACUUGGUAAGCAGCUCAAGUUCAGCCUGGUGGGCAUUGCAGGGCAGGAUCUGGCAGAAGGCAACCCUCUGCUCACACUUGCACUGAUCUGGCAGUUGAUGCGAGCAUACACCCUCUCCAUCUUGACACAGUUGGCUGAUUCUGGCAACCCUAUUGUGGAAGCCGAGAUCAUUGACUGGGUCAACACCAAACUCAGGGAGGCUAAGAAGUCUUCCAGCAUUAAGAGCUUCCAGGAUUCCAGCCUUCAGAAUGCUGUGGCUAUUAUUGACAUGGUGGAUGCUAUCAAGCCAGGAACAAUUAAUUAUGAUGUUGUGAAAAUGUCCGGGGAUGAGGAGGACAACAUUGCUAAUGCCAAGUAUGCCAUAUCUAUGGCGCGGAAGAUUGGUGCUCGCAUUUAUGCCUUGCCUGAAGACAUCACAGAAGUGAAGCCCAAGAUGAUCAUGACAGUAUUUGCCUGUCUGAUGGCCAGGGACUACAUACCCAACAUGGAUGCCAAAAAGAACUGAGUAGAAGAACAAAUCCAUAGGAAUGAUUGAUGUAUAUGUUGUGUGAAUGAUAUGUAAUGUUUCUUAACUGUGAAUAGACUUUUUUAUAAAUUUUACAUCAAGCUUUGCAACUACUGUGUCUGGCCAAGGCUUUUUGAUGUGGACAGUCAGUAUAAUAGGCCUCAUGCUUACACAAAGGCAAAUACUCAUGGAACUUUCAGUGCCAAUGCUUCUAGCUGAUCACCUGAUUUCAGAAAGCAUUAUGGGAAAUCUAACAGAUAACCUCUUUGCUUUAAAAUUACUGUUGUGUGAGUUUUGCCUUAUAUAAGCAUGCUUUUUACAUUGACCAUUUUUCCAUCUUAGCUUGAACAUAAGUUGUAUAUAACUUAAUUUGUCACUAUAGCAGUGAACCAGAGCCUUUUGGCAGUAGUUUUUAUAUCACAUUAAUGCAUAGUGUUUUAUAUUGUAAGGCAGUUUCUGAUUUCUAAAAGUAAAUUAGUCACCAGUCUGACCAAAGUAUUAAUAAGAGUGAGAAUGUAAUUACCUAAGCAAGUUUGUAUUGCACACACUACCCAAAUGACUUGCAGUGAAUGCCACCAACACUCAAGUUCUGUUUCAGGACUAGAGACUCGGUAAUCUUAGUCACCUACGGUUCCCAUUUUAGAUUUAAAAGCCUUAGCUCAAGUCUUGUUAAUUCAUCAUGGUUUGAUGGUUGUUGUAAAUCUUAUAUUGGUGAAAGGUUCCUAUGCCUUAGAAUCAAAGACCAGUUUUUAAGAGAUGCAGUUGAAUACAUAGCAAAGUAAUUACCAGAACAAGAUAGUAACUUGUAAGCAAGCAUCCUAUAUGAGGAAUUUACACCUGUAGAGCAGAGCAUAUCUCAGGGCAACUCCUCAGUCUCCCAAGGCUUCUUAUAACUAACUCAUGAUUGGAGACAGAUUCUGACUAUUUAACCACACCAUUUUAUAAGCCUUUUCUUAUAUAGUAAAGCCCUAGCAUAUAAUUUAGUUCACUUUAAAGAAUCCAGAUACUGUUUACACAGUAUUUAGGACAAGAUUAAGAAGGGAAAACAAAUCAUGAUAUAAAAGGCAUGUGAUGGCAACAUGCAAAACUCAUGAAAUGUUCUUGUUAGUCUUGAGUAGUAACUGGCUGAUAUCCUUUUAUCUUAUAGCAGGAAUGAAAAUAGUACAGAGGAAGGCAUCCCUAGCGCCAUUUCUCCAUCCCUCUUGAGUCAUCUUUUACAACAAGUGCAAGUGGGAAUACAGUAGCUGUAUUCUUCUAGCCUGGCAUGAGGUGUGCAGCCAAAUUGUGUUCCUGCAUUACAGAUGGUCAUAAUGCUUGGGAUGGGACCUCACUGUAUUAUCAUUGUUUCAUGCUAUAUUUUGCAUCUGAUGAUAUAAUUCUAUGAAUCAUAUACGUACUUGGAUAAUCAGAGUUUAAAGAUUCAACAUGCUUAGUAAUUUGAUAGGAAAAAGAACUACAAAAGACAGGAUGUAAUGUCAUUGAGACUUCGUCAAGCAUGUUUGAAGCAUACCCUCAAUAGUACUAUGAAUAUUUUUUUUAGUCCAUGAAUGAAACUAGCAAGGACUCGAGUACAUGAGCUUGUAGAGCACUGUAGGUGCACUCUACUGAAAAAAAUGAAAACAUUGCAUAGUUGCAUCCAAAUGUUGUUUACUUGGCAUUUUGGUAUGAUUAUUAUUUUGAUAUGUAGUUUGGUCAUAUAGAGGAUAAUCUGGUGGCUGAUGUUUGGUAAUGAUUGAAUUAAUAUGAUGAUACAAAACUAAUAUUCUCUGUGAAUUGAAGCACAGUAAUAUAAGAUUAUCUAAGUGCAAAGUAUAUCAUCUUAAAAAGAUGUCAUUGAAGCUGUUCUUUGCUUUUAAGCAAAGAUAAUUCUUUAUGAAUAAGUAGAUCAUCGAUCAACAAUGGUUGUGAACUCAUCUUCAAAGAAUAUACUGUGUGAGCCACUGGAAUGUCACCUUAGCAUCACUUUUGUGUGAAUUCCAGAAGUGUAUAAGUUAUUCAUUAGUUAAAACAAGGAGUAACUUUUUCCAUGCCAUUUUCAUUCAUAUAGACAAUGUAUGACCACCUUCAGCACUUAGUCUUUGAUGCUUUAUGAUUUUGCUAUGGGGCAAGUGUUGGUAGUCUUCUCUCAUCCUUCUUUGCACAGAGCAGAUCAAGCUGACCACCAGAAAAAGGAAUAUGAUAGAUGAGUAUAUCUUUGGAUUAUGUAUCAUGUUUCGUAAUGUAAGCUAUAGUAAUACUGUCUUCCUACUUGGCUAAGAAACAAGUCAGGUGGAGUUCUUGAGUGACCAAUUUAUGGUGUAUGUCCAGUGUACUAAGUAAUCGAGAGUUUUGUUUGUUGUUCUUGGUAGUAUUUUGGAUUUGUUGUGAUUGAACAGACUGACUUGAUUGCAUUAAGUUGCUGUGGAGAAAAAAAAACUGAUUUGUAAUUAUUGUUUUCACUCUUGUAGGAUAUUAUUUCUGGACUUGCUAUAUUUAAUGAGUACAGAGUUAUCUCUGGCAAAGUAUAGACUAUUUAUUAUGCUUUAAAUAUUCUAGUUUAACUGUUUAUGGGACCAGUUUUUUCAGGGGUGGUAAGUGUGGUAGAAAUCUGACAUUUUUUUCUUUUUAUUAUAUGUUUAGUGUUGAGAGACUAAGUGUGAGUUGUUCCUGGUACAGCAACAUGAGAACCACCAGUGAUGGGAGGCACUUACAAGUUUUUCAAUUAUCUGUAAUUCAUUGCUAAACUUGCAUGUUAAUUUGCAAUUUACAAAAGCAUUUUUUCUUUCUUUGUAUAUGAUUAGGUACAGUUGUUAUUUUUGUAUGAUUAUUGUUAACAAAUAUCAUCUCACACUAAUUGGCCAUUCCAUCUUGUAAGAUAGUUGUAUAUGAUUUAGCUUUUGUAGCCUUCACUGCAUUAUUUUCUGCAUAUUACCUCUAAUUAAAAGAUCAUUUAUUAUUUAGUCAAAGGAUAACCAAGUACAUUUACCACACACACACACACACACACACACACACACACACACACACACACACACACACACACACACACACACACACACACACACACACACACACACACACACACACACACACACACACACACACACACACACACACACACACACACACACACACACACACACACACUCACGAUUGGGUUCAUCAGCCUAAGAGGUGAUAGGGUUGGCUAGUCCAACUGAUGAUUCCUGUUUAUAUGUAGUGAGAACUGACCCAGCUUUUUGUCUGAAAGUGUUUAUCGUCAUGCCCUCUGCCUUACCCGGACAGCUGAAGUGGUGAACAUAAAUCAGUAUGUCUGAAAAUAUAACAGUACAUGUAGAUCUUCCAUCCAAACCACGAUGUUAUUAUUGAUAACUUUUCACUUUCGGAACGUAGUUAUUUACUAGUGUAGGUCUUAGCAUUGUUAUUUUGCAUACGUAUUCACAUGCUAUUUAAAUUUAUUUUUUUAUACAAGAUACCAAAGCAUUUACUGCCUUUUUUUCCUUUUACAGAAAAUCAAUCUCUUUAAUUAUGUUCAGUUAAAGCUGAAUAAUUACUUUAUGCAGUGUGUAUCGGUAUGAGGCUUACAUAGUAAAGACUUGAAGUCAUGCCUCAGGGAUUUCAAAGGGAUGAACACUAUCACAUCUCAGAAGCAAAAUACAAUGGUUUUUAAAGUAUCAGGUCUUCCAUUAAAAAGGUAACCGUGAUACUUGAAAGGCUACGGUAGCCUUAGAUUGUUUCUCCUGCAGUGAGAACGACACAAGCUAGGCCAGGAGAAGCCUUUGAGGCCUGGUCAAAUGUACUGCCAGUCUGGUCUAAUGGUGCUUCAGUGUUUUUGUCUGUAGGUCUUAUACAGUGUUUUAUUCUUACCACUGUUGUGCUUGAAUGCCACACAUUGUAUGUAAUCAGAAUUGUGAGUUUUUUAGAUAUUGCUUAAGGAUAAGGAUUGGCUCAAGAUGGAGAGAGGCAUGCAUUGACCCUUCAUGAAUAGUAGUGCCUUCAGGAGGCCUGCCUGCCCAACACCCAAACCCUGCUGGCUUGUCAUUGUCGUGAUGCAUUUAUAUUGGGCUUCAACUUUAUUGUUUUUAUGUUGGAUAACUUCUUGCUGAUCAGUCAACUGUGCUGUUGUUACAUUAUUAUUAUUAUUAUUAUUAUUAUUAUUAUUAUUAUUAUUAUUAUUGUUAAUUUAUUUUAUUACCUUUGUAUUUUACUACUAUUAGUACACCACUAUCUUUUGUCCACUGUUUAGUUAGUCAUUCAUUUUAUCUUCAUUCAUAAAUGCUUACUUAUCUGUAGAUUCUCGGCAUUGUUAUAACCAGCAAAACAGGAGAGAAAACUGUUAUUCCAAUUUGAACAUUUCUUGGUUUUGUUAUCUAUUUAUGUAUAUUCUUUCAUAAUUUUUUUUCACCCAAAAUUAAAUGUAUAUUUCGUAUAUCUGUAUAAAUAUUGUUUAUGAAUGUAACAGGGGAGGAAUGUUAACACUGGACGAGUUAUCCACGCAACUCUGACCAGACUCUCACGGCACAACGCUUCCUUUGCUAGUUAGCUGUCCCUGCUGCACUGUACAAAGAUUUAUUUUAAUUUCAAUUAUGAUAAAUGAGAAAGUUAG